UCACACAUGCGCUGUAGAGGCAACGCAGGAGGCAGCUUUUUAGAACCAAGAUGAAGUGUUCCAGAAAAACAGCCCACAGAAACAAGCUUUAAAUAACAAAUCGGGAACUAGACGCAUUUUAAUUGAAGUAAAACACCAUCUAGAUUGCACGUACUGUGGGUGGAGCAUCAGUGAGACUACAGCCACUUGACUGAUUGAAGAUUUGUUCCUAGUGCUCUUCUUGUGCAGAAGGAAAAUAACAUUUAAGGAUCUCAGAAACUUCAUAAGGACUAGACUUCAGGGGCUAGGCAGCCUUUACAGACACAGACGGGAGGAUGUCGAGCAUACUAAUUGAUCCCUGCCGGCUGGACAGGACAGGAAGCUUCUUCAAGCAGCUGAUCAACACCUUUGCUUCGGAGAUUGGAGAGCUGAAGCAGGAGAUGGUACAGACGGGCCUUGCAGCCGACGGGGACCCUGAAACUCCAGACAUGCAGAGCAGCAGCUUAGAGGAAGAUGUCAGCAGUCUGUACCUGCAGGAGAAGGACACAAAGAGCAGUGCCCGAGAUUCAGGCUACGACUCUCUGAAGAGGAAACUCAGCAUCCUGGACCGGCUCAUCCUGUCCCAUUCAGUGUGGCUUCUGCUCACUUUGAGUGACGACGAAGCACACCGAAUCCUGCGACAACAGCAGCCUGGGAUCUUCCUGGUGAGGAAAUCAGCUAAGCUGCAAAAGAAGGUUAUAUCCCUGCGCCUUGGCACUGAAUUCGGACCCUCUAUCAGAGACUUACCAAUAAAGGAGAGUCAGUACACUUUUUCUCUGGAAGGAUCUGGUAUCAGUUUUGCGGAUUUGUUUAGACUCAUUGCUUUCUACUGCAUCAGCAGGGAUGUCCUGCCAUUCACCUUGAGGUUACCAGAGACGAUCGCAGCAGCAAAAACACAGGCAGACCUUGAAGAGGUUGCUCAGCUGGGAGUUGAAUUCUGGAAUUCUCCUAUUUACAACAAACAGCAGAGCCCCCCUGUUCGUCCCGCUCGCCCCCUGCCUUCAGACAGUGUGUGCAGGCUACAGAGGCAGCAGCAGGUCUUCCCUGCCAAGGGCUUGCAUUCCCUACUGACACGCACUCCUUCAGAGCUGGAAUGCAGCCAGACCAAGGGGGCUUUGUGCUUCGUUAACCCACUGUUCCUGGAAGUGCACCGUCAGGGCACAGGCAACAGCAGUGGCAGCUCGCUCAAGCGCCCCAAGAACCGAGACCCCAUUUCUCCAGAACGGUCCCGCUCGCCUCCACCUAGACCCCCACCGCCUAGGAAAGCUCAAGCCAUCGGUGCACACGGCAAGCAGGUUAGCAUGCCAGAAACUGUCAGCUGGAUCAAGCAGCAACAAAUAGAGGUGGACAAUAUGGGUGCUGGUCCCACCAAAAAGGCCACUCCAAUCCCACCUCCCCGUUUUAAGAAAUACAUGAGCUUCUCGGAGGUCGAGGGCAGCAGAAAAUCCCAAAUGGGAGACUCCAGUAUAUCAUCUCAGAAACUCCAGUCUGUGGUAGCCAGGAACCUUGGCAGUGCUCCUGGUGUGGAACCCGUUCUGGUGAACGCAAACGUGAACUGCCCGCCCCCCUGCUUGCAGGAGAUGGUGCAGCAGAACAAAGGUGGGCGGCAGAGACUGAGCGACAUGAGCAUUUCAACAUCCUCCUCGGAUUCGCUGGAUUACGAGCGCAGCUAUGCUGUGCCCGGUGGCCAGGGUGGGGACAGCAGCCUGGAGGAAGAUUAUGAGGUCGAUAGCGACCAUGAGAGCAUGGUCCCGCCAAUCAAGCCCAAAAAGAAGCGCAGCGGCUCUUUCGUCCUGCCUCGCAUCGUAAAGACCCAGUUCCGGAAAGUCAGCGGGGUGUUCAACUCUUUCAUGACCCCAGAGAAGAGGAUGGUGAAGAGGAUAGCCGAGGUCUCGCAGGACAAGCGCACCUACUUCGGCUGCCUGGUGCAGGACUACAUCAGCUUCCUGCAGGAGAACAAGGGCUGUCAUGUCUCUGGAGCCGAUAUGUUGCAGACCAUCCGCCAGUUCAUGACACAGGUGAAGAACUACCUGGCACAGAGCUCGGAGCUUGACCCACCCAUUGAGUCUCUCAUCCCAGAAGAAGAAAUCGACGUAGUCCUGGAGAAGGCCAUGCACAAGUGCAUCCUGAAGCCCCUCAAGAGCCACAUUGAAGCCAGUUUGAAGGACUUCCAAAUAGCCAGUGGCUCUUGGAAGCAGCUGAAGGAGAACCUGCUGCUGGCCAAGCAGAAGAAACCCCAGGAGCUCGGGGUGGACGCGACAGCUCCAGACUCAGUCACCAUCGAGAAGAUCCGCCACAAGUUUGUCACCAUGCAGAAGAUGUACUCGCCUGAGAAGAAAGUGGCUCUAUUCCUGCGAGUCUGCAAGCUGAUCUACACCGUCAUGGAGAACAACUCAGGGAGGAUGUACGGCGCUGACGACUUCCUUCCCAUGUUGACCUAUGUGCUGGCUCAGUGUGACAUGCCUGAGCUGGACACUGAGAUUGAGUACAUGAUGGAGCUCCUGGACCCCUCACUGCUGCAUGGGGAAGGUGGGUAUUAUCUGACCAGUGCCUAUGGAGCCAUGUCUCUGAUCAAAAACUUCCAGGAGGAGCAGGCAGCCAGGCUACUGAGCUCCGAGACCAGGAACACCCUACACCAGUGGCACCGCAGGAGGACCACCAACCGGACCAUCCCUACCGUGGACGACUUCCAGAACUACUUGCGGGUGGCCUUCCAAGAAGUAAACAGUGGCUGUACAGCCAAGACCCUGGUAGUGAAACCGUACACGACUACCGAGGAGCUGUGCGAGAUGUGUGCCGACAAGUUCAAAGUUCAGGAACCCAGUACCUACGCCCUGUUCCUCGUCACGGAGGAGACGAGCCAGCAGCUAGCUCCGGACACCUACCCUCAGAAAAUCAAAGCCGAGAUACACAGCAGACCCCAACCACUUCCCUUCCAUUUUGUCUACAAACGUCCCACAAACCUUCAGAUAUGCGUCCCCCCUGAUGAAGAGAACGGAAAUACUUUCCUCUAACAAGCACCCAAACUGUUCAAACAACUAUAUCUUUUUCUAUUUUCUGCUGGCAGGGUAAUUGGCUUGGUAUCUGGGUAAGCAAGAUAAUACCUUGCGCUGUUUUUUUAAAAUUCUGGUAAUUAAUUCAGGAACUGAUUGUUUGUACUGGGUGGCACCCAGUAAACUUGUCUGUUAAUGAACAAUUCUGGUUCUUGGAUGAGAAAGCCUGAGCUGCUACCAAGUGUCAGGAUCUCAAACCGUGAACCUUCAGGCCUGGCUCUAGGAGUCAUGAGGUGGACUGAACUGGUGCCCUCGUUUGCUUCUUACCUAAAUGUUUGUGUGACUUGCUGGCAGGAUACAGACAUUGGAUUCGGUGAAGCAUUCUGUAUCAGAACACCAGUGCAUUGCUUUCGUUUCUCUUUCUAGAACAAGAACCCUCAGCGUUAGGGUUUAGACAGAUGGGGGGGGGAGACAGGAUUGUGUAUCUUAAUAGAAGAACAACAAUAGCACUGUUCAAGCUCCUGAAACAUUAUCCCUUAUACUGUUAUUAUUUGAUAUCUCAUAUUUUGUUUUGUAGCCCACAUUCUCCACAAGUGAAAGGAAUUCCUGAUGCAGUGCACCAGGUCAUUUGCAUUUUGGGUGGGUUUCAUCCUUCAAGACUGUUAACAUGAUGGCAUCAUUUUUUUUUUUUAUAGGAAAAUGUCAACUAUGUCAACUAAAUAGUAUUGUAAAUUUGUUAGAAACAAUUGCAGUUGCUGGUAAACUGUUGUGGUAAUUUGUAACAUUUCUAAAAUCUGUAAGCCCUUGAAGACCAGGUAUUUUUGACCUAGCGCUGGCACCGCAAACACCAUUGGUAUUCAAUUUUAAAAUGUAUCAAAUGCACUUAAAUGUCUUUUAUAAUAUGAAAUAUUAUAUACUGUAUUUUCAUUGUUGUUGAGCAUUGGGAUGCUUUUUAAAAAAAAUUAAAUAAACAACGGUUUAUAUCCAGACAAAAAGAGCAGUAGCAGGGCGCAAACUGCAGAUUAAUGUUUACUACAGAUCACAAAUCACAAGUUUAUUAUUCUUAUUAGUCUCUCAUUGUUUCUGAAAUGUGCAGUGGACACGGUAUUUUGAAAAAUCUAAUACAGUGAGUAUUGUAACAAUAGCAUAAGCAAGUACACAAGUGUGCCCUGCAGAGAAUGUAAAGCUCAUCCCCAAUCUAAAGCAUAUACAACACAUAACCAAUAAUCACGUAGUGUAGUCAUACCAUGAGCAUAGUCUUGAGAAAACUCAAGCCUGGUUUUUAAAGGGUUAAGCAGAAAUCUCUUGCUGGUCCUAGAGCAUACACAUAUACUAUUGCACGCCUCAAUGCACUAAAGUAUUGAGACUGAGGUUUUUCAGGAACAUGGUUCUUGAAGGAACUAUCUUUGCUAUACAGAACCUGUAUAGCCUCUUGUGUAAGACACUGGCCUCUCAAGCAGACUGAGUAACUUCUGAACCUUUCAAUAUAUGCGUUUUCCUGAGCAGGGAAUGUACACGUAAAACGUUGUGGCAUCUGAGUGGAAGUCAAAGGAAGUAGUGGGGGGGGGAUUUAAUGAUAAACAAAAUACAGCAACAAAAUCACUCACAUUUUGGUGAGGUUUGUCUAAUAACUGCAGUAAAUG